CUUUACAGUCCCUGCAAUGAUCAAGUUUGCUUUCUUGUUGCCUUUCUUGUUUUCAGCUCUGGGCACCUGCAUCAAUGCUGAGCGAUAUAUACCACCCACCUUUGGAUUUUCUGUAUCACUAGAGGCCUUGCUGCCGCUUUUGAAACUGCAGGAAAAGACGGUGGCAAACCUUCGCAGCUAUGCGCAAACUUUGCAACAGCAAUUGGUAGAUGUCCAACUAGCCAUUCGAAUGUAUGAGGAUCUGCAAAGGAAAGCGACCUUAAAUUCUAUGAAUUUAAUGCAUCAGUUCUCUGUGAUACGUCACAUGCAUCUGGAUUGGGCCAAGUGGCUUACUGUUAUGCGUGCCCCCAAAGAACAGAUACAGAUACAGAUUCUAAAGGAACUGCAACCCCAAAUGCCCACAAAUAUGGAUCUUGUGGAGGCUCUCAAAGGGCUCCAGCGCAUACAGUAUACUUGGGAUUUGGAACCCGCGGACAUAGCCAGAGGAAACCUACACGGCAGACAGUACAAGGUUAAGCGGUGGGGAGCUUUUGAGACAUUCGUGCUGGGAGUUUUUUGUCAACUUCAAGGGUAUUACAAGGACGCUGACGCUUGGCUGAAACUGACGCGGGACAGUUACAGGCGACAUCCCAAUCCCAGACAGCUAGGAUUCCGUCACUGGACCUAUGACCACGUAUUGGAGUACUUGAUGCUUGCCAACAUUGGCUUGGGUAAAUUUGAGGCUGCUUUGGAACAUGCGAAAGAACUAUUGGUACUUCAGCCUUACGAUAAAUUCUUCCAAGGCAAAGUACAAGAACUUGGUACGAAAUCAGAUGAGCAAAAACCAAAAUCAUCAUUACCCAUAGAUGUGGAUGCAAAGCUACUCAAGAGAUUGUGCCGCCAGCAUCAGUCACCGCCUGCUGGCAGGCUCCACUGUCGUUACAUGAGGGGAGUGGAUUUUCUUCGCUUAGCGCCGCUUAAAAUGGAAGAACUUUCUCUCAUGCCACUCAUCAGUUUAUAUCAUGAUAUCCUCAGCGAUGAAGAGCUGGCUAUGGUCAGGCGUUUGGCAAGUCCACUUUUGAAACGGAACAAAAUAACAUACAGGGAAAUCGACAGUUUCACGGACUACACGGCCACACGCCCCUGGCAAUCAGCAGAACUAAGCAGCUCAAUGCAUAAGAUAAUUAGCUCCUUGAAUAGAAGGAUACACCAAGCCAGCGGCGCCAGUUCGCCUCAGUCCGAUGAUCUGCAAGUCAGGAACUUUGGCAUUGGCGGACACUUCUUAGAGCCUCCUCCAGGGGAUCCAGCUGUCGUCACUGCCUUGCUUUAUCUGAGUAAUGUCGAGCAAGGAGGUGAAACACAUUUUCCCUCUCUAAAUCUACGGGUCACUCCACAAAAGGGUUCGCUUCUGGUGUGGCCCAGGACAGGCGAUUACCACAUUGAGUGUCCCGUCAUUGUGGGGAAUAAGUGGGUUGCUACGAAACAGAUAGAAUAGUAUAUUCGGUGGUGAUCCUUAAACUAUGUACAAAAAUGUUUUUAAAAAUUAACUUGGCUUCAUAUCCAAGAACAACAAAAGUUUUAAGUAAAGUACCGGGAGCAUGUGUAAUUAAAGCGCAACUAAUUGCUGAGGUCAUUUAAUUUUCUACAGUUUCAGUCUAUAACAUGUUACCAUUUGCCAAGGUUUGACAUUGAAGUACCAGCGAAACCUGCCUGGCAUGAUACCUUUCUUGAGGCCUUUGCAGCAACUGAAGCAAGCAUCGGUCAAGAAUCUUCACUGGUCUAUGUGAAGGUGUGGGAAAUGCCAUCUAGACAGAAGGGCUGCAGAUAAGCCACGGACUUUUGAAAUUAUAGAGGAGAACAUGAAAGGGAGUCCGGUGAUCGCGUCAUUGCACCAUUGAUCUAUUGACCGAUGCAGAGCAGGGCAGAGAAGAGCUUUAUCCCCUCUCAGCCUGUGCAUUCUCACGAAUAAGGGUCCCCUUGUGGUGUAGCCCAACUGGGUAAUCCUCCUCUAUACUCUCAAGGUUAAGACACCGCGGAAAUAUCGAAGCAUGAAGCAUACAGAAAUCAUAUUAGCCAAGCGUCUCACCAAGUGAUUCAUACAGAUUUUCAAGUCAGUUAAAAUUUGUUAUUGCCAUGGUUAAAUUGUGCCUGUUCUUCCUGCUUCUAACGGCUGUUGUUUGCCUCCAGGCUAAGGGAGAGACGGAUGAUUACAGAUCCCGGGAAUCUUUGCUACCCAUUCCUUUGCAGACACACCCUCCCCCUUAGUAUGAUUGGGGAUAUUGAUGCAAGGAUGGCGUGACAAAAAUUUGGAAAAGCUGGAAAUAAUUGUAACGUAGCUCAGAUUUGGGAAAUAAUCAAGCAUAAAGCAUAA